AUGCGCAACCUGCCAGGUUAUUCAGAGGACAGCGAGGAAGGCCAUUGGCCUUCAUCCAAGAAGACCCCUGAAGAGUCUUCCCUUUUACUUUGCCUUGGACUCCUUGCGUUGUGCCUCUGCUGUGUCACCCACAUCACAGCAAUCACCACCACCCUAGGCAGUCUCAGCAGAGAUCCGGGGGUGGCCGCUCUUAUACUUUUGAACUUCCAUAAGCCUACUGAUCCUGAAGACAAGAACAGCACGGCCCCUGAGGACAUGGCAAAUGCUGACUCCCAUAAAGCAGAAGACUGUGCCAUGCUGGAUGCAAUCAUGGGAAGUGGCACCUCCAGAAUGAAGAAAGUGCCGACCAUUGUGAGGGACAUUUACCAAAGUCUCUCAUUCAACAAGGAUAUAUCUACUAACUACAGUCGGGAUGAGAACCUGCAGGAGAUGGCCCUUGCACAGCCACAUGAUGUGGUGGUGACCCUCCUGCGAUGUGCCCCAUCAUGUGACAGAGUUGCUGUGACCAUGUGGAGGGCAAUUAUCUCCUCACGUAGAACUGUGGAGAAGGUGCUGCCAGAGCUCCUCUGUGUGCUGGAGGACUGGCCGCUGCACAGCACAUCCACCUCUGAUAAGGACAACUCAGAUGUCUUUCCUCUGGCCGCAACCAGAGCACUGUGGGAAAUCAUUCACCUGCCCGAGUGCCCAAAGAUGUUGAUUCUGUAUUUUCCCCGCCUCUUUGUGGCCCUGCUCUUCCAAGUUUUCUCCAGCACAGAGCAGAUGCCAGUGAAAGUCAAUGCCUUCUGGAGGCAAUGUCAGCACAAGCACUUUCUGCCCAAGAACCCCAACAGAUUUGCAUUGAUGACCAUGAAAGCACUGCUCUGUGAGCUUGAGUAUGAGGAUGUGGUGUCUGAAGUUGAACGUGAGUGUGGAUGGGACACACUCCUCAGCACUGAUACCCACCACCAUACAGUGGGUCUUCUGGCCAGGGCAAUGCUCAGGAUCUCACAGCCUUUGUGUUGCCGCAUUGCACGCUACCUGUUCAGGCUGCUCCACAGAGAGAAGGCACGCUGGGAGGUGGCUGCCAUGGCCUUCCUUGUUGAGGCCAACACAAUGUGGGCCCUGACUGAAAGCCUCACAGAGGUGCUGAAGGAUGAAGACGGGGAGGUGAGGGAGAUGACUCUCUCUGUGCUCAGUGAGAUGGCCCUGAACAGAGAUGUGCCAAUUGCCAGUUCCCUCGCUCUACAGCUGGUUGAGGCACUCCGGCCACUCAUUGACAAUGAUAUGAUCCAUGUGCAGCUGCUCUCCAUUCACCUCUUUCAAGCACUGAUGAAGUUGGUAGAGGAAAUGGGGAAAGAGCCCCUAGAGGGAAUGGCACACCAGAGCCUGUUCCCACUGUUCCUCCACUUGCAUGACAGGAACCAGUUUGUGGCCGAGGUUUGA